AUGUCUGAGCGCACUGUCCUUAUAACCGGCGCUACCGGCCUGCUGGGUCGUGAGGUCGCUACAACUUUCGGCCUCAAGAACUGGAAUGUCAAAGGCACGGGCUAUUCUCGCGCAGAUGGAGUCAACACCUUCAAGAUCAAUCUAAGCAAUGAGACGGAAGUGGGAGAGUUUCUGGAUGAGACCAAGUUUGCAGUCCCUACCCUCUAUCGAUGCUGUGCCAGUAGACUGACGUUACUAUCUACCUCCAGACCACAGGUUAUUGUCCAUUGCGCUGCUCAAAGGUUCCCAGACAAGGUCGAUAAAGACCCCGAAAGUGCCCGUGAACUCAACGUCGCUGCGAGCAAGGCACUCGCUAAGAUGGCCGCGGAUAGAGACAUAUUUGUCAUAUAUAUAUCAACCGACUACGUGUUCCCCGGUACGCCGGGGGAUGCUCCCUAUGAAGCCGAUGCCAAGCCUCAGCCUACCAAUCUUUACGGCCAAACGAAGCUGGAUGGUGAGCGAGCCGUCUUAGACACGCUGAAGCAGGUUGGAAAGGAGGGCCUGGGUGUCGUUCUUCGAGUUCCUGUCCUCUAUGGGAACGCUGAGACGCCAGCCGAGAGUGCGGUCAAUGUUCUUAUGGAUGCACUAUGGAAGGCACAGACACAGGGAGCUGAAAUUAGCAUGGACCACUGGGCAAUACGCUAUCCUACGAACACAGAAGACAUCGGUAGGGUAUGCCACGUCUUGCCAAAACUCCUUGAGGGCAAACAAGUGCGCGAGAAUAUUCUGCUGACAUUAAGCACAGAUAUUUCCGUCAAGUACCUCGAUGCUCCAACUAAGGAGCGAUCUUGUCUUCCCCGAGUUCUCCAGUUUUCCUCAGAGGAUCGAAUGACGAAGUAUGAGAUAGUGACACUAUUUGGUGAGAUAAUGGGCCUGUCAACGGAAGGGAUUAAGCCCAACACGGAAGGGAAUGACCCAAAUGCCAGUGUACAGCGACCUUAUGACUGCCACUUGAGCACAAAGGCGCUAAAAGAUCUGGGAAUUGAUGUUUCAACCUGCGACUUCAAAGGCUGGUGGAGACGUGAGGUUCGCGCAUUUCGCAAGUAA